CAGCAGCUGACGCUAGGAGCUGUCCGCGGUGCUGAAUCCUCGGCUGCCUUCCUGUCUCCACGCGCCCGCUGCUCCACACAGACAGGAAUCCGCUUCCCGAGCAGUCCAAAUUAAAAAGAAAGAGGGAACCUCCGCGUUUCACUUGAUCAUCCUCCACCGUCCUCACCCCGCCGAGCGAAGCGAGGAAGGAGGGAACGAAGUGCAACGGCAAGCCGCACGGCUCGCUUUGUGCUCCGCAGAAGGUCCGAGAUAUCUCGCUUUUUUUUUUCUCCCCCCUCUUUGUUGUUGGUGUUUUUCUUUUUUAUUCUUUAAACCGUGGAAGUAUUCUUUUUGCUGAACACCGGGGACGUGUUUUUUAUUUCUGCAGCUACGCCGUGAGAGCCACCUCGACUUUAAGUACAGACAUGUGCGUGAGACGGGACUGUGAAUUGAGGAGCCUCUUGGCGGUUCUGGUCUUGGCAGCCGCCGUGGCCCCGAUACGCGGACAAGGUCCAAGGGAAAGCCUGGGUGUCAGUAGGAGGGCCAUGUACCCGGACAGGGACACGUCGACGAUGGACACGGAGAGCGAGGUCCACGCCGUCACCACCGUGCCGCCGGUAAACAUCCCAAACCACCAGCCUGUCUUCAGAGGCAUGCUGCUCCACGAGCACCUACUUACGAGGGACUUCCAGGGAGACCAGCACUUUUUUAGCAGGGAUGGCUCCGUGGCCGCGUACUCCACUGUGCCUGGCUCUGUUUCUGAUCCAGGAGACCCCGUCACUCAGCUGGUGCCCCACGAGGAUGCCCCCGCCUUCUCAGACAUUGCCACUACAGCCACGGCAGCCGCCACCACCCCGCUGACCACGUUCUCUCCCACGACACCGAGGCCGCCCAUGUCUUUCCCUCAAAAGAAGUCACCUGAGGAGAAGAUCAGAGGGCAGGAUAAGGUAGAGCCAACGACAGACUCCCUCACCACUCAAGUGACUCCGAACAACAGAGGUUCACUCGGGGAAAAUAGCCCGGUGGCUUCCUCAUCCACGCAGAGAGGUCGACCUCGAAGCUGGAGUGCUUUUCCAACUGAGGCCACCCUCGCGCCAUCCUCGAUGAGGAUGGAGAAAGGCGAGGCGAGGGAAACAGAUGUGAAAAAUAAAACCGGCCCAGAUCAAACGCUCCUCGACUCAAAGCCAGCGGCUCAAGAUGGAAGCGCCACCACCACCACGUCCACGACCGUCACCACAACUACCACCAUCACCACCAUGCAGACAGCAGAGCCAUGCAGUCUGAAUUUCACCGACCCCGAGGCUAACAUCGAAAUACUGCAGCAACCGGACUCUGGAAUGGAGUGUAACUACUUUGUGACUGUGUACCUGGGAUACGGCAUCGAGGUUCAGGUGCUCAAUGUGAGCGUGCUGGAGGGCGAGCAGGUGACCGUGGAGGAUACGGGCGGCCGAGAACCCUUCAUCCUCGCCAACGAGUCGGUCCUGAUGAGGGGCCUCGUGCUCCGCAGCUGGAGCAACCAGAUCUCCAUCCGAUUCCGCAGCGACCAACAGCACAACUCCGGAUUCGUCCUGCUGCAUUACCAAGCCUUCGUCCUGAGCUGUUCGUUCCCCAAAGAGCCCGCCGGUGGAGAGGUUUCGGUGACGCACCUCCACGCCGGCGGAGAAGCCUUCUUCCGCUGUUUCACCGGCUACAAGUUGCAAGGCCCCAAAAUGCUCACCUGUCGCAACGCAACCACACCGUACUGGAGCGGGAAGGAGCCCCAGUGUGUGGCAUCCUGCGGGGGAAUGAUAAAAAAUGCCACCUAUGGUCGCAUCGUCUCUCCUGGUUUCCCCGGCAACUACAGCAACAACCUGACAUGCCACUGGGUCCUGGAGGCCCCCGAAGGCCAACGGCUUCACGUUCACUUUGAGAAGGUGGCUCUGGCAGAAGACGAUGACAGGCUGCUGAUUAAAAAUGGCAACAACAUAGACUCUCCCCCUGUGUACGACUCCUAUGAGGUUGAGUACUUGCCCAACGAGGGUGUGCUCAGCACCGGACGUCACCUAUUUAUAGAGUUCACCACGGACGGGACGUUGACCUCCACCGGUGCAGCCAUCAGAUAUGAAGCUUUUGCCAAAGGUAUGUGCUACGAGCCCUUUGUGAAAUACGGCAACUUCAGCGGCAGUGACUCCACCUACAGUGUGGGGGCAGUGGUUGAAUUCUCGUGUGACCCCGGCUACACACUGGAGCAAGGCUCCGUGGUGAUCGAGUGCGUGGAUGCACAAAACCCCCAGUGGAAUGAGACCGAGCCGGCUUGUAGGGCCGUGUGCAGCGGGGAGAUCACGGACUCUGCCGGUGUGGUGCUGUCUCCCAAUUGGCCCGAGGCGUACGACAAGGGGCAGGACUGCAUCUGGGGUAUCCAUGUGGAAGAGGACAAGAGGAUCAUGCUUGACAUCCAAGUUCUCCAUGUUGGCAAGAACGACCUGCUGACCUUCUACGAUGGCGAUGACCUGACAGCGAACAUCCUGGGCCAAUACAGCGGCACGCGGCCACACUUCAAGCUCUACACCUCCAUGGCCGACGUCACUAUUCAGUUUCAGUCCGAUCCCGCCACCAACAUCUACGGCUACAACAACGGCUUCGUGGUCCACUUCUUUGAGGUGCCGAGGAACGACACCUGUUCUGAGCUGCCCGAGAUCACCAACGGGUGGAAGAGCACGUCGCACCCUGACCUCAUCCACGGAACCGUCAUCACCUACCAGUGCUACCCUGGAUACGAGCUGGUAGGCUCCGAGAUCCUCAUGUGCCAGUGGGAUCUCACUUGGAGCGGUGACGUGCCGAGAUGCGAGGAAGUGAUGACAUGUCCCGACCCUGGGAACGUGGAGCACAGUCACAAGGUGCUCACAGGCACCCGCUACACUGUGGGAUCGACGGUGCAGUUCGUCUGUAAUAAGGGCUACGUCCUGUCCGGCAACAGCCUCCUCACCUGCUACAACCGAGAUUCAGCCGCACCCAAGUGGAGCGAGAGGCUGCCCAAAUGUGUCCCUGAAAAGUACGAGCCCUGCAGGAACCCCGGCGCUGCCUCGACCAGCGUGCAGAGCUCUGAAAAGGCCUUUUACCAAGCAGGCGAGACGCUGAGCUUCUCCUGCCACUCUGGCUAUGAGCUGCAGGGCGAUGCCACCAUCUACUGUAUCCCUGGACACCCCUCUCAGUGGAAUAGCACCCCCCCUGCCUGCAGAGCAUCCUCAACACAAUAUGUGAAUGAGCGCAGGCUGGACGUUAUCCAAAAUAUGGAUUACGGCAUGGAGGGAACCAAUAUCGCCCUCGCAGUUUUUAUCCCCACCACAAUCAUCUUGGUGGUUGUCCUCGGGAUUUAUGUCUACUUUGCAAAACUCCAAGGGAAGUCCAUCAGAAUGCCUUCAUCCUUGCCGCCGUACGAAAACAUGACGGAAGAGUCGGCCUUCGACAACCCCGUGUAUGAGAGCGGACACUGGCAGUCUCAUUCUAGAUAUUAAACCCUGUCAGUCUGUCCGGCUCGGCCGCACUGCUGAAGAAACUGAGGACAAAUGAAAAAGAUUAAGGGGUGUCCGUUUAGAGACCUUAAAGCAAGAAUUGCUCAAGCUUUGCCUUUUGGGACCCUCUCUGCACUGCUCAUCUUUUCCUCCGACCUUUUUGUUCACCCCUCCAAAACGAUUUCUCUCCAUUUUUUUUUUCUCUUUGUGUGGAUUACUGUAAAUAUGUCUUUCUCUCCACGGUUAAACCUGUGAAUCUGUGGAUCACCAUGGUGAUAUUUUUAUAAAAGUAAAACCGCUGAUGGCCGUUGGUGAUUGUAUGUUUUUGAGUACUUUUUGAUGCCCCCAGUAGCAAUUAGAGGUUGAGGGAAAUGGCUCUUCGAUUGUUGAGAUCUGCUGGAUACAAAUCCACACCCCCAUCACCUUUAACACUCUCUGGAAAAUCUCGCCAUCAUUACUUUGGUUUUCUUUGUGUGUAUGGGUCUGCUAUUUGUAAAUAAACUGCCUGUCCAAUAUGAGUGCCUCACGACUGACUAUAACCUGAGAAAUCACAUGUGAAGAUGUUUGUAAAAACUGCAUUAAGUUUAAGUAUGGUUUUUGUAUUUAUAGGCCCGUCAUUCUUAGCACUGUGUUCAGCUAUUUUUCCAUCUGACAGUUUUUUUCCUUUAAACAACCGACGCCGGAUAUUGUCCUUUCAGCUGAUAAGUGGUUCAUACUGCAUAUAAGCCUCAGAGGGUUUUCUCAGAUACAUGUGUCGCCAUCAGCUAUGCAUUACUCUGUUCCUCUGCCACACUGUAAAGUCUGCCUCGAAGGUCAAGUAGCAAUUUGUUCAUUUGUGUAUCUGCCGAAAUACAUACAUCAGCACACCCUCAGAUAAAACCCAGAGACAACAUACGGUAACCACAGAUUGAUUCCUGCAUAGUAUCAACGGUUAAAAACUGUGCAGUCUGCAGAUAGAUCCUUGAUGUAACAGAUGGGGUUUUUACUUCGGUCACAUUGUCGUGGUGCAUCUGCUUGUGUUAAAUUUGUAAGAUAGACCUCAUUGCCCUCUGUGCAUAAUCCUUUAUAUUCUAACGAGUCUUUUCUUUCAGCGUCACAGCUGGUGAGACCACACACAGGAAACCAAAUCACCCUUCGAAUAUCUAUAAUACUCUGGUUAAUAAUAAAAAUGAAUUGUUGUU